GCAGAACCACUACAAACACUCCCUACGGAAAGCCUACCUGCUCAUAUCGUUCAAUUGAACCCUCGACGGCCUCUAUUUUGUGUUCAUAAGGAAAUCCAGUUUUUUUCUUAAAGCCUCGAUUGACAAUCAAGGGCCUUCUGGUGCGCCCUCUCUUCUUCGUACCUAACACUUCUAUCCGAUAUCGCUACCAUGGACGCCGGAUUCCAAGCGAAAGUUAAAAGCAUUCUCUCCGGAGACACUUUGGUGUUACAUGCUCUACAGAACUUCAAGCAAGAGCGCAUCUUGAGCUUAGCCUACGUUACCGCGCCGCGUCUGAAGAGAGAUGGAGAUGAGCCUUUUGCGUUCGAAUCUCGAGACUACCUCCGAAAGGCGCUCGUCGAUAAAGUUGUAACUUGUCGCGUCCUCUACACUAUUCCUACGUCGAACCGUCAAUAUGGAGUUGUCGAGCUUGCAAAUGGAGCUCGUCUGCCCGACGAUGCUGUUCACGCUGGAUGGCUAAAACUUCGCGACGACGCUGGCAGAAAAGACAACGCUGAGGAAACCUCUGCUAUGCUCGAGAAGCUCAAGGUUCUAGAGGCUAGGGCAAAAGCCGAGUCAAGAGGGUUGUGGGCAGAGAAUCCGGAAGCUGGCCGAAUUGACACAGACUAUGAGCUCCCGGAUACCAAAGCAUUUGUCGAGGAAUACAAAGGGAAGCCCCUUGACACGAUUGUCGAGAAAGUCCUUGCUGGCGACCGGCUGAUUGCUAGGUUCAUGCUUUCGCCUACAAAGCAUGUACAAACCAUGCUACUCAUCGCUGGGAUUCGAGCGCCAUCAACAAAGCGUGUAAAUCCUUCCGAUGGCAAAGAACAGCCAGCAGAGCCUUUUGGAGAUGCAGCGCAAGAAUGGGUAGACCAGCGGCUAAUACAAAGAAGUGUCACUGUUGACGUGCUUGGCGUAAGCCCUGCUGGCCAGCUCAUUGGUACGGUCAAGCAUCGUCAAAGAGGCAGUGUCGCACCGCACAUCCUGAGCAGUGGACUUGCGAGAUGCGCCGACCACCAUUCUACAUUAUUGGGAGCUGAGAUGGGAGAAUUGCGAAAGGCAGAAAAGGCUGCAAAGGACGGCCGUAUAGGUGUGUUCCAUGGCCAUGUUGCUCCGAAGACAGGUGGCAAGGGGGAGCUUGAAGGCGUGGUGAGCCGAAUCUUCAGCGCCGACACUAUCUUUUUGCGGACCAAGGAGUCUGCCGAGGACCGCAGGAUCAACAUAAGUAGUAUCAGGCAGCCUAAGCCUUCGGACCCGAAGCAGGCUCCCUGGGGAGCAGAAGCUAAAGAGUUCCUACGCAAGCGUCUCGUUGGCAAACACGUUCGGUACACAAUUGACGGGAAGCGAGCUGCCACCGAUGGGUAUGAGGAGCGAGAAGUUGCCACGGUCAUAUUCAACAAGGAGAAUGUCGGCAAGAUGAUGGUCAAGAGCGGCUUUGCCUCUGUGAUCAGGCAUAGACAAGACGACCCUGACCGGAGCCCUAUUUAUGAUGAACUUUUGGUUGCCGAAGCGGAGGCGCAGGCCGAAGGAAAGGGCAUGUGGAACGCAAAAUCACCUGCGGCGAAGCAAUACGUUGACUAUUCGGAAAGUCUGGAGAAAGCCAAGCGACAACUCGCGCUGCUAUCGCGUCGCAAGAAAGUUGCAGCCGUCGUUGACUUUGUCAAAUCGGGCUCCCGCUUCACAGUUCUGAUACCCAGUGAGAAUGCCAAAAUUACUCUUGUGCUAUCCGGGAUCAGAGCUCCGAAGUCGGCGAGGAACAAGGACGAUAAGGCUGAGCCCUGGGGAAACGAAGCCCACGAGUUUGCCCACCGCAGGUGUCUCCAACGGGAUGUCGAGAUUGAUGUCGAGGACUGCGACAAGGUUGGUGGGUUUAUUGGGACCUUGUUUAUCAACCGCGAAAACUUCACAAAGUUGCUGGUCGAAGAAGGAUUGGCAUCUGUUCAUCAGUACUCCGCCGAGAAAUCCGGAAAUGCGACCGAGCUCAAUGCCGCCGAAUCGAAAGCUAAAGAGCAACGAAAAGGUCUAUGGGAGAAAUGGGACCCAUCUCAAGACGCUGAACUGGAAGCUGUGCCAGAGGCGACGAACGGAUCCAAUGGUGACGCUGUAUCGAUUGAGCGACGUAAAGACUACCGGGAUGUUGUAGUCACUGACAUCGGACCUGAUGGCAAGCUGAAACUACAACAGGUCGGCACGGGAACAGCUGCACUCACAGAACUCAUGAACGCUUUCCGAUCCUUUCAUUUGAACCCUGCGAACAAGGCUCCAUUGCCAAAUCCCCCCAAAGCUGGAGAUUUCGUCGCUUCUCAAUUCUCAGAGGACAAAGAGUGGUACCGUGCCAAGAUCCGGCGCAAUGACAGGGAGAACAAGAAGGCGGAAGUCGUAUACAUUGACUACGGCAACAGUGAAGUCGUACCAUGGUCAAACCUGCGACCCUUGUCCCAAGCCCAAUUCUCAACUCAGAAACUGAAGCCUCAAGCCUCCGAAGCCGUGCUCGCUUUCGUUCAGUUUCCAACCUCGCCAGGGUAUCUCAAGGAUGCGAUUGACUUCCUCUAUGAAGUGACUGGGAACAAGCAGCUCGUUGCCAAUGUUGACCACACUGCCGAAGGAACACUGCACGUCACAUUGCUUGACCCAAAGCAAGGUACCGCAUUCAAGGACAGCAUCAAUGUCCAUGUAGUCGCCGAGGGAUGUGCGAUGGUCCCGAAGAAGCUGAAACCAUGGGAGCGAGCCGCGACCGAUGUGUGGACUGUCCUAAAGCAGGCACAAGACACCGCAAAGGAAGAACGUAAAGGCAUGUGGGAGUAUGGUGAUAUCACCCAGGAUGAUGACUAAUUAGAGCAUGCAAAUGUUUGAUGAUGAGACGACAGGAAUAGCCAGUGGUCACGGCCUACAAAAAUUCGCAUAACCAGGCAUCAAGGCAUUGCAUAAAAGUUGUAAGCGCUAAUUACAUAUGGUCCGUAGUUGAUUAACCAUUCAAGAACAUUAAAGUCUUUCA